CAGGUGGAAAAAAUCAAAUAACUGCAUGGUCUGAAUGAAACCAAAAGGUUUAGAAGAGAAGGAAUGACUAUCUAUGCAAUGGCAACUAAUUGUUAUCUAAAUGAUUACAAUUUACAUUAAUAGAAUCAUUAAAAUCAAGGAAAUAUUAUGUUUCUCCGGAAAAUAUCUGGGAUAUUCCCUGCUGGAUUUGGACUGCGUCUUUCUCAGAAAUUUAUAUUCCUUUUAUUCUUGUCUGGAUUUAUUACACUCUGCUUUGGAACAUUGUUUCUUCUUCCAGACACAUCUAAAUUCAAGAGGAUAUUUUUAUCAAGUGCACACAAUCAGAAUGUAGAAAAAUUACACAGUUAUGCUGGUAAGAAGAUGAGUAAGAAAACUGUUGAAGACCAAAAGUCUAUAAUACAUAAUUCUCAGCACGAGAAAUGGAAAUCCAAAGAUAAAUUUAAUAUGGAUGUGCCAUCUUUAGGAGUUAAAGCUAACAAUAAUGACAGAGCUGAUAAAGAAGAGGUUUUUAUAAACAAAGAGCACAUAAUAGCACAGAAGGACCAGUUAAAAUCCACCUUUGAUUUUGAGACUUUUAGAAAAAAUCUUAAAUAUCCCCCCAUGGGAAGUGAACAUGAGCCAAAAGAUAUUGAAAUGCAGGAAAAAAGGAAGAAGGUCAAAGAGAUGAUGAUGUUUGCAUGGAAUAGCUACAAGCAAUUUGCAUGGGGGGAAAAUGAGUUACGGCCACUAACGAAAGAUGGACAUUUUGGGAGCCUGUUUGGUGGCCUUAAGGGGGCCACAAUUGUUGAUGCACUGGACACUCUUUUUACUAUGGGCCUGAAGGAGGAGUUUGAUGAAGCUCAGAAAUGGAUAGAGACCAGCCUCGAUCUGAAUGUGAAUGGAGAAGCCUCCUUAUUUGAAGUAAACAUCCGGUACAUUGGGGGAUUGCUCUCUGCAUACUUCCUUUCAGGAAAAGAGGUCUUCAGAGACAAGGCUAUAGGCCUUGGAAAUAAACUGCUGCCAGCGUUUAGCACUCCCACUGGAAUUCCACGUGGGAUCAUCAACCUUGGGAAUGGUUUAACCUGGAGCUGGGGUUGGGCCUCAGCAGGAAGUAGCAUUUUGGCUGAAUUUGGAACAUUGCAUCUGGAAUUUGUGCAGCUAAGUGAACUAUCUGGAAACACAAUUUUUACUGAAAAGGUGAAUGGAAUCCGGAAACUUUUAAGCAAAAUUGAAAAACCUCAUGGAUUAUACCCUAAUUAUUUUAGCCCUGUCAGUGGAAAUUGGGUACAACACCAUGUUUCACUUGGAGGACUUGGUGACAGCUUCUAUGAAUAUUUAAUCAAAUCUUGGCUGAUGUCAGCAAGACAGGAUAAUGAAGCUAAGAACAUGUACUAUAAUGCUUUAGAGGCAAUAGAAACACAUCUUAUAAGAAAGUCUCCUGGAGGGCUAACAUAUAUCGCUGAGUGGAGAGGUGGGAUUCUGGACCAUAAAAUGGGGCAUCUAACCUGUUUUGCUGCAGGAAUGUUUGCUCUUGGAGCAAGAGAUGCACCUGCACAGAAGAGAGACCAUUACAUGGAAUUAGCAGCAGAGAUUGCAAAUACAUGCCAUGAAUCUUAUGCACGUACAGAUACCUCUACCUGCUGUUUUCAGAAGAUGAUCUACUUUCACUAGAAGACUGGGUAUUUAACACAGAAGCACACCCACUACCAAUCACUCACCUUAAGUCAAGAUGAAGCACAAGAUUACAGUAAACAUCGAAUCAGAGUUUUUAUCAGAAACAUAAACUUUCGUAUGAGAUCAAUUCUAUUUCAUGACAUUAAUUUGGGAUAACAGGGAUGACAAAUAAAAUUAAAGACAGUUUGAAACUCCAAACCAUCUUAUAUUUAGCACUAAAAGAAAUAGUGGCCUUCUGCAGAAAAAUCUGUCUCUAUUUGCUUUUUUUUUGCAAGAACAAAAUGAAAAUGUGAAGGGUCUAUGUUCCUUUUUAUACUGCAGUAUCUCCUUCAACAUUUGUGCAGAACAGGAAUGUCCAAUAUGUGGCCUCCCAGCUGUUCUUGAAUAGUAGCUCUUCAUACUCCUGUUAGUUACAGAGCAACAACAGCUGACUGGCCACAAGUUGCAUACUUCUGGUUCUGGACAAUGCAAUGUUUUUCAGGGUUGCAAUUGCUGUUUGCACUUCAUUUUCAAAGCCAAGUUGACCUGCAAAUAGUACUCCAAAAAUAUAUUUUUUCCUUGUGAUGUAAUCUUGCUUUCUUUUAAGCAGACAUAUGAGAGCUCCAAUAUUUACAUGCUGCUACAUUCUGUGCAACUCCAGCAAAUUUGAGUUUUGAACAGCAAAGAAUUUGCUUUACAGAUGCAGUGUUUUUAUAUAUGUAUGAUUGCUUUAGAAGUGCUAUGCAGAAUUAUGACAUUUUAUGCACGUUUUAUUACAGCAAAGUACUGUGCAAUAGUUUAGUACAUUCUUGCAUUUCUUUAUUAUUAUGGAUACAGUUGUUGUUUGUUUUCUAAAACCAUUGCCAAAUUGUAUACUUUAUUUUGUUGCAUGAGUGCUUUAAGUUCAACUUGACAUUAUAUUUGAAUGUGUUGGUGAAUGUUUUCCCCCAUACUGCAAAAGUGGCAAGCAAGAGAUAUUUUUUUGUUUAUUAUAGCUUUGAUGGUUUCCCACCAAUAAGGUGGGGUUUCUCUAAUGUUUAAAACUGUGUCUCUUUAUGUAAAGUUUUUGGGAGACUCACAUAACCAGAAUGCAAAGCAAUACAAUGUAAUACACUGAGCUUCUCAUCUACUGUAUAUGGCUAUGAAAUGGCUAGAAAAAAAAACAUUUUAGUAAAUGUUGAUGGGAUUACAGACCUACAUGCCAUUCUAACUGCUUUUUUUUAGUGUAGUUACAUUGUUUAAACAAGUUGUUUCAAUGUACAUCAUUGUCCAAAUUAUUUUAUGUAGGCAAGAAAUAUAUCCACCAUCCAAAUUUUAUCAUAUGCUUUUUCACCAAGGUUCAAAGAAGAUAUCCAUUUUCUGCUUAAAAUUAUAUGAAAUUCAAAGUACAGGGCUUCUCCUUUUAAAUAUUCAGCAUAAAGGUAUGCAAAAAGAUAUCAUUCUGGUAGGGUCUCCUAAACAAUGAUUUCUACUUUUGGUUACUGAACUUUAAUCUUAAAAGUAUUUUUUAGUGCAGCAAGUUUUUUACAUGUUGGUAUUGGACCAUACAAUGACGAGUCAACAGAAAUUCUUUAAUGUUCUCCUGCAAAGUAUAUUUAUUAGUAGCACUGUUAACCAGAGGAUGUAUUGAAUAUGAGCUUAAAGGAACAGUAACAUAAAAAAAUGUGUUUUAAAGUAAUAAAAAUAUAAUGCAGUGUUGCCCUGCACUGGUAAAACUGCUGUUUGCUUCAGAAACUCUACUAUUGUUUACAUACUGUAAAUAAGCUGCUGUGUAGCAAUGGGGGCAGCCAUUCAAAGGAGAAAAGGCUCAGGUUACACAGCAGAAAGCAGAUAAGCUCUGUAGAACAUAAUGUAUUAUUUGUUAUCCACUAUAUAACCUGUGGCAUUUAGCCUUUUUUCAGUUUCCACAAUUGCUACACAGCAGCUUGUUUAUAUGAACUAUAGUAGUGUUUCUGAAGCAAAUAGAUCAGUUUUACCAGUGCAGGGCAACACUACAUGAUAUUUUCAUUACUUUAAAACACUUUAAUUUUUUGGUGUUACUAUUCCUUUAAGCAUGGUUGGGAACUUGCUGGACUCCCACUGGUGCUAAGCUACCACUCAUUUUUUAUGGUUUCAGAGGUAGCUUUAAGACACAGGUCUGAGUUUGCUCAUAUGCAUAUCUAAGUGCCAUGUACCAUAACUAUAUAUUUUUCUUUUAAGUAAGCUCAUUCUAUGCAGAUUUUAACACAAACUGAUAUCACAGAUAUGAACAUGCUAUUUAUUUGCAUUAGAAAAACAAAAAAUGUAAUGUAUUGUGAUAAACAUUGUUAAUAAAAACAGUCUAUAACAUUUUUAAA